AUGCAAUAUGAUUUAUAUAAAGUGACAUGGCUGUCAAUACUUCAAAAAGGUGUCGUAAAAGCUAAUACAAGUCCAGAAAUAUCUUGGUCCAGCAGUGGAAUUAGAAUGGCAUUAAAAUCCUAUAAAGUACUUGUACUUCCUGGCGACCAUGUUGGUCCUGAAAUAAUUGAUGAAGCAGUCAAGUUAAUUAAGAUAAUCACAGAGCAUGAAAAAGUGAAAAACUCGUUGGCUCUUCAGCUCGACUUUGAUUUGUUUGGUGGCGCCUCAAUUGACAAGCACAACACACCCAUCACAAAAGAAGUUUUAGCCAAAGCAAGGGAGAGUGACGCUGUACUUUUUGGUGCUGUAGGAGGUCCAGAAUGGGAAAACCAUCCUUCGGGAGUCAGAGCUGAGUCUGCAGUUCUGGCACUGCGUAAAGAGCUCAAUUGCUGGGCUAAUAUUCGUCCAUGCAAGAUUCCAUCGGAGAGCUUAAUUAAUCUUUCGGCCCUUAAACCAGAUCUCAUACGCGGUACCGAUUUUGUUGUGUUGCGAGAAAACUGUGGCGGAGCCUAUUUCGGUGAAAAAAUUGAAACGGAUGACUAUGCUGCAGAUACCUGGGGUUAUAAGAAAAGUGAAGUAGAGAGAAUCACGGAGAUGGCUGUUUAUCUUGCAAGUAAACAUAACAAUCGCAUUAUAUCCUGUGAUAAGGCUAAUGUUCUGGCUGUAUCAAGAUUAUGGCGAAGGGUAGUUGAAUCAGUUGUCGCAAAGUAUCCACAUAUACAAUUAUCCCACCAGCUAGCAGAUAGUGCUACUGUGAUCAUGAUGCAAAAGCCUACAUCGCUAAAUGGUGUUUUGUUAUGCGACAAUACUUUCGGCGAUAUCUUGUCAGACCAGUCUGCUGUUAUUGUGGGUUCUUUAGGGUUGCUUCCUUCUGCCUCAUUGUCUCAGGUACCUGGUAAAGUAAAUCAUGGCGAUACUACUAAACCAGCCCAUGCUUUAUAUGAACCGAGUCAUGGCUCAGCUCCUGAUCUCCCUAAAGGUGCAGUCAAUCCAGUUGCAACGAUUCUAAGUGGUGCUCUAAUGUUUAGAUACUCCUUCGAUCGUGAGGAUAUUGCUGUCAUUAUUGAACAUGCGGUUAAAAAAGUGUUGGAUUCUAAAGACCAAGGCGGUUUAGAAGUACGCACUAGAGAUCUCGGAGGAAGAGCUUCCACAAGCGAAGUUAGCGAUGCCAUUUGCGCCCAGGUGAAGGAAUCUUUAGAUCGACUAUAG